AUGUUUAAAAACCUUAGGAAUGCACUAGAAACCCCAGAGGAAUCUGACAAAAAUUUGGAACUGUCGCCACCACCACAACGCGAACAAGCAUCCCUUGAAAGAACGUCCUUACCAAAUGUAUCCGACAUCAACAAUUUCACCACAUCAUUCCAAUCACUGAUCUACAAUUAUUUUGCAUCCAACUACGGCACGGUAAAGCCACAAGAAUUAUCGACAACACAACACCCCAAUAAAACAGUCAAAAACAUGAAGAAGGACCUAAAACAGUUAAAAUUACUUGGCCGCAACGACCACAGUUCGACAUGA